AGGAAAUAGGUUGUAUUACUCUCAGUGGCCACUCCUUCAGAAACCAUGCUCUACGUGUCAUGAAGCAUCAGGUAUUUGAUCUUCUGAAGCGACAGGAAAGAACCUGUUCUGCUCAAGGUUAAAAUGGACCCAAAACAAACCUCCCAUGUGAAAACAAAACCAAACCCUGGGGAAAGACCUUUCAGCAUUGAGCCAAAAACUCAUGUGAGGGACCAAUGGGCCACAAAGAUGGAGUUCAUCCUGGCGGUGGCUGGACAUAUUGUGGGUCUUGGAAACGUUUGGAGAUUUCCCUACCUUUGCUACAAAAAUGGAGGAGGCGUUUUCUUCAUUCCUUAUGUUUUAUUUCUAUUCACCUGUGGCAUCCCACUCUUCUUCCUUGAGACAUCUUUGGGUCAAUUCACCAGCCAGGGUGGAAUAACAUGUUGGAGGAAUAUGUGUCCUCUUUUUGAAGGCCUGGGUUAUGGAAGCCAAGUUGUUGUUUUGUACACCGGGGUGUAUUACAUCGUCAUUCUGGCAUGGACUUUUCUCUACCUGUUUUCGUCCUUCAGAACUGAGCUUCCAUGGGUGAGCUGCAAUAACAGUUGGAAUACAGUCGCUUGUUUUGAACAUGGUCACAAUGACACAUCCUCUUUCCACUUGUACGCCAACACGACAUCUUCAGUCGUUCAGUUUUGGGAGAGGAGAAUAUUGGGGCUGUCCAAUGGAAUUGAUAACAUCGGAAGUGUUCGUUGGGAUCUGGCUCUUUGUCUGCUCCUUGCUUGGGUGUUGUGUUAUUUCUACAUCUGGAAUGGAGUUAAAUCCACAGGAAAGGUGGUGUAUUUCACAGCUACAUUUCCGUACGUGAUGCUGGCAGUGUUGCUUGUCCGUGGACUGACAUUACCAGGAGCAAAAGACGGCAUUCUUUUCUACCUCUACCCUGACCCGUCCCGCCUCGCUGACCCAGAGGUAUGGAUGGAUGCAGGCAGCCAAAUUUUCUACUCCUAUGGGGUUUGCACAGGUGUUCUGACAUCUUUGGGAAGUUACAACAAAUACAACAACAACUGUUACAGGGAUUGUAUUUACCUAUGCCUGCUGAACAGUUUAACCAGCUUUGUAGCCGGCUUUGCCAUUUUCUCUGUGCUCGGUUUUAUGGCAAAAGAGCAGAAUGUGGAAAUUUCCAUGGUGGCUGAAUCAGGCCCAGGCUUGGCAUUCAUUGCUUAUCCUCGUGCUGUAGCUUUAAUGCCUCUGCCUCAGCUUUGGGCAAUAUUUUUCCUUUUUAUGAUCAUCUUCUUGGGAUUAGAUAGUCAGUUUGUAUAUCAGGAGUCCUUGGUUACAACCAUCUCCGACAUGUAUCCAUCCUUCUUUCAAAAAACCCUUCUACGUAGAUUGCUUCUUCUCACAAUUUGUGCUGGAGGUUUCCUGGUUGGUCUUGUGAUGGUAACGGAGGGAGGCCUUUAUGUUUUCCAGCUGUUUGACUACUAUGCUUGCAGCGGGAUGACACUUCUAUUUUUUGCUCUUCUUCAGUCUAUCUGUAUUGGAUGGGUUUAUGGUGCAGAUCGUCACUAUGAUAAUGUGAAAGACAUGAUUGGUUAUCGUCCCUGGCCUUUCAUGAAAUACUGCUGGAGGUACAUCACACCAGCUAUCUGUACCUUCACGUUUCUGUUCUCUGUGAUCAAACAUAAACCUUUGAAAUUCAACAACACGUAUGAAUAUCCAUGGUGGGGAUACGCCUUUGGACUAUUCUUCACUCUCUCUUCAACAUUGCUUGUUCCGCUGUGGAUGGUGUAUGCUGUGAGCAUCACUCCAGGAACACUAAAACAGAGGCUAAAACAUCUCUGCACUCCAGCAAAGAAUGUACCAGCUGGCACAAUAAAGAAAGCAUCAAACCCUGAAGCAUUUCAGUCAUUCACAGACUUGUCCACACUGCGUCCAGCCAAUCAUCCACAGGAAACAGAAAACACAGUUCUGAGGUCAUCCGUAGUUUAAUCAACCAUGUCUGUCUGUUUGUCUGUCUAGUGAAAAUUAUAUAGAUUCUUGACAGAUUUAGAUUUAAAAGAGUAUCAGUUUUGAAUAAUAGUAAUUUAUCACUCUUUAUUUCUGUUUGAUUAAAAGGUGGCAUGUUAAAAAAUAUAUUUAUUUUUUUAAUAAUCAGUGGACAUUUUCUGGCAUUACUGUGCCUAUUCUAAAUCUAAAUCUGCCAAAUAUAAGAAUCAUUUGGGACUAGAUCUAUUUACAAAUCCGAAGAUGAAAUGUGACAUUAUGGUUUUUGCUGUAAUAAUAGCUAAGUUUAAGUUCCUUGUAAACAAAUGGAUCAAAGGUUAAAACUAAUCCUACCUUAUAGAAAGAUAGCAAACCCCUGGAGCUACAUAGUCUUUUUGAAAUACUCAUUAGUCAAUCACUUGAUUGGGUCUGAAAGUUGAAAUUGAGAAAAUAUUUCAAGGCAAGGGACAGCAAAAUAAAAAUAUCUUUUUUAUAAGAGUUAAUAGCAUGUGUAAAGAUUUACUGGAGCAUGCUUAAAUGAAAAUGUCAAAACUAUGUUAAAAAGAAUAAUUUAUUAAAGAAUAGCACCGUAUUCUGUUAGGAUACAGAGGUUUUAUUCAAGAAUUACUCUGACUCCCUGUAAGGUUGAUGUGUCAGGAAAGAAAAUAAAAAAUAUAUAUCAAUUGGAAGAAAAUAAAAUCAACUUAAAGUAUUCUUUUACAAUUUCAUUUCAAAUAUAUAUUAUGAAGCAAUGAAAUACUUUUCCAAGUCAUACUUAAAUAUAAAAGGACAAAUGUUCAACCCAGGUUAAAUAUCCUCCAGCACUUUACUAAACACCAUAAGCUUGCUGCAGCAAACCAGCUCUCCACUGACACUUGAAACUGUGAAAAAACUGGCCUGUAGUCUAUUCACAGCUUUAGUCACAGACAGAUUAGAGGGUAACGUGAAACAAAACUGUUCAGCCAACUUACACUGUCAUGUCAUGUUGCACCAGGUGCAGCUGGUGCAACAUGAAACCUUUUAAGGAAAUCCAGACUGAGAACCAGUUACUAAAACAACACGUUCAGUCCAGAUACUAAAUACUGUGGCUAUGAAAUUAUGCCACAGUAUUGACAUAAUUUCAAUACUGUGGUUACCUACGUACACAGCACACUAUCUUUAUCUGUAUUCAAUUUAUUCCACUACCAAUGUGGUAAAAAAACAACAACACAGUUAUUAAUCCAGAAGAAAAAGAAAUACAUUACAUGCAAAUAUAUAUGGAUUUUUUACAAAGUUAUUUGAUGAGUGUUUUGUGUGAGAUACUGAGGGGGAAAUUGAGCUAAAAGGACUAACGUAGUAUACCUUUUUGGGUGGUUACUCCUUUUUAAGUUGUUGUUCUUGGUCACCAUACCAUAAAAAGAUAAUUCUCUUAAGCAUAGUAGAGCUUUGCUUACGAAAUCAUAUAACUAUUUUGAAUAAAAUCUGAAACACAGAAAUCCAGAAAUGUGUCCGUUCAAAUGAAAUAAAGCAAAACUGCCCUAUUUAAUGCUUAAUAGUUCUUUAAUUACAAACUACUGCUCAGCUCAACUGGGUUGUUUCUUCUUUCCAUAAUUGAGCUACAUAAUGACUCAUUCCUCAUUUCAUUGUUUUCAGUUUGUUUUCAGAUUGCUUCUCUUUCAUUUUUGUAACUGCAAACCUUUGGUUUCAAGUCAACAUUUCAAAAACCCUUUUUUAUACCUUGCUUGUCUCAUUUUCUUAUCCUAUACUUCAAAAUGUCUAUGAGGGUAUCAUAUUUAAUUUCAUUUCAGAAUAUAUUAUGUUGGGUUUGAAUGGAGCAUUAAAAAACUUUUUUGGUUAAAGGUUAGACAUAAAUUAUAUUUUAAUAAAUCCAUCAUGCUAUAUAA